UAUGGGCGAUGGGAGGUGACGCACUUUGUUCGUGACCACAAUCAUCCGCUCGUGAACAAACCUUCAUUGUCCAAAUACUUGAGAUCCCACCAAGGCAUCUCACCUGAUGAAAAGGAGUUUCUGCGCAUCUUGUAUAACUGCAACUUGACUACAGGACGUAUGAUGCAUGUAAUGGCAGAGUUCUAUGGAUCUGAGAUGAUGGUGCCGUUCGGACCAAAGGCAAUAACAAAUCUGUGUAUAAGUUUCCGUAGAGAUGACACAAAGGAGGGUGAUCUGACUGAGACAAUUGCGCACUUCAAGGAUAUACAAAAAACCGAUCCAGACUUCUUCUAUAAGGUGAAAUAUGAUGAAGAGGACAGAGUUGUCAACAUAUUUUGGGUGGAUGGCUUAGCUCAAAAAGCUUAUGCGGAGGCGUACCACGAUUGCAUAUCGUUCGACACCACCUACAUGACCAACAUGUACAAUAUGCCGUUCGCACCCUUCAUAGGAAUAAACCGACAUGGCCAAUCUUUCAUGCUGGGUUGCGCGUUUGUGAGGCAGGAGUUGGCAUCGAGCUUUGAUUGGGUCUUUGGAGCAUUCCUAGAGGCUAUGGAUGGCAAACCUCCUGACAACUUCAUCACCGAUCAGGAUGGUGCAGUGAGGCAGUCAAUACAGAGCAUCUUUCCAACCACCGUGCACCGCUGUUGUCGAUGGCACAUCAUGAAAAAGGCUCAGGAAAAAGUUGGUUGGCUGCCGUGCCGGAAUCCAGGACUCUCUGAUGAUUUCAACAAGUGUGUUGACUUCAGCUUCACUAUAGACGAGUUUGAGCAGAAUUGGGCUGGGUUAAUGAUGAAGUACGAGGCUAUGACACACACGCACUUUGAGAAGUUGUACGAAUACAGGUCAACUUGGGUGCCGUGCUACUUCAAACACAGGUUCUUCCCCUUCCUACAGUCUACACAGCGUAGUGAGGGGUUCAACGCUGUCCUGAAAAGAUAUGUGAACCCACACAACUCAAUGCCGAACUUUGUCAAGCAAUAUGAAAAAAUCCAGAACCACAUCCUUGCCAAGGAAGGCUGCAAUGAUUACAGGACAGAACACCUUGAGAUUGAGUUGUGGUCCAACUUCCCAAUAGAGAAGCAAGCUUACAAAACCUAUACUAGGGACCUUUACCGCAAGUUCAGAGAAGAGUUUGAGCUGAUUGGACGUUAUAAUGCAUUCCAAGUCGGUGCUGAUAUAUUUGAGCUCAGACCGAACCAGGAAUUUGUUGCCAAAUAUGGUUCUCGAAACUACUUGGUGCAUGCAAGGGUGGAGGAGGGUCCUAUUUGUGUGAGUGCUGUAAAAUGGACAAGGACGGCAUCCUCUGUUGCCACAUCCUCAAGGUGUUCACCCAUAUUGGAGUUGAUGUCAUACCGGAAAGGUACCUGCUAAGAUGGUGGACACCUACUGCUGUACCUAGUGCGCCAGGGACUGGUUAUGAGAAACCGGAUGAAAAUGCCUCCUCAAUCAAAGAAGCAGAUAAGGGAGAGGAACAUGAUAUACGAUUUUCGGAAACUAGCAAAGUUUGCGAGUGGUUCUGAUCCAGCACAAGCUAUUGUAUACAAGCAUAUACGCACAGCACGUACCGAGAUCAACAAGUCCAAGAAAAAGAAAAAACCGACUGGUGCCACGGGGCCAUCAGAUGAUGGCAACCCUCGAGGACCUCCUCCACCUCCAGGCAGCAAUCAGGGGGCUCAUCAUCCAGGUGAUGUCAACCCUCAAGGACCUCCUCCACCUCCUGGCUGUACACGGCAUCCUCCGCCACCUCCUCCCCCGCGUGCUCCUCCCAAUGGCCCUACAAGCAGCACUCAGGGGGCUCAUCGUCCAGGUAAUUACCUGCCCCAACUCCCCAUCAAACUAGGUCUGUAACUCCAGUUGCACACAUCAUGGUGCUUAGUUGCACAGAACAGGCUACCUAGUUGCGCAUGAUGUGUUAGUUCGAGCAUCAAAGAUAACACAACUAACUUGUUUGUCCUGUUCUGGCUAUAUGUGAUGCCAACCCUCAAAGACCUCCUCCCCCGCCUGGCCCAACUAGCAGUGCCCUGCGUGCUACUCCCAAUGGACCUACAGGCAGGACUCAGGGGGCUCAUCACCCAGGUAAAUACCUUCCCCGACUCCAAACAAAACUAGGGGUGUGACUUCAGUUGCACAUAUCAUA